AGGACAUGACGUCAUGUCUGAUCAGACAAGGUCACAAGGAUUGUCAGAAUUCGAAAAGAACUGCUACAUGUUGCACAACGUUUGAAAAAUGGCUUCAGAUUUUAUUCUUUUCACUUGUACGCUGUUCUUUUUACAAUUUUUAAACAUUGAAGUUGGAAAUGCACAAAGAUACAGCUAUGAAACACCAAACAUGGCAGGCAAAUUCACUCGGAAAGAGUUGCAAAUGGCUAGACCUAUAAUUGAGAACGCUAUUAAUAUUGCUCUAAAUGACGCUUUCAAACAAUCCAAUACAUCUAACAAUACAUCAGAAUGCAUGAAUACGGUAAAAAACUCGACGAGCAGUGCAUUUUCAUGUAAGUACACGGUAUGGUUUGUCAGGUAUUCUCUUAUUGUUUAAAUGUUUAAUGAAAUGUAUACUGUCAUUUAUAUAUAUCAGUGUUUAAUAUAUAAAGUGUAAUAUAUAUAAUGAUAGUGUGCAUAUUAAUUAUAGAGUGUGUAAAUGACGAAGCAAAUACCCCCUUUCUAUAAUUAUUUCUAUAAUCUAAAGAAGAUUGUAAAAUAUAAUGUCAAUUUGAUUUAACGAUUUUCCUGGCAUAUCUCACUCAAUAUUUGAAUUAUACUCUCGAUUUCAAUUUGCUUUUGAAAUCUGACUUUGAAUGUUUAUUUAUAACUUCGAAAUGUUUGUUGCAAAGUUUUGAAAUUCGUUUUGAAUUUCGUUCCGAAUAAACAUAAAAUAAACAUUGGAAGUCAGAUUUCAAAAGUAAACUGAAAUCGAGAGUAAAUAGUUGGGUUUGUAGAUGAAAAUUAUCGAGUGUAAAUUUUAUAUACAUUUAUUUAACCUAACCAGGACAGUGGCGAAGCCAGCCCGACUUUUUACUCCUGCUAUGUAAAUUUCAAUUCAUUAUCAUUAUUAUUUUCUUUACAAAUCGAUUGUUUUUACAGAUCAUUAACUCGGAAAAAUUAACAUAGCAGGAGUAAAUAGUCAGGCUGACUUCGCUUCUGAACCAGGAACAGCUGAGAAAAAUGCAACUAUACUGGCAUCCUUUAGUUGGAAUCGAACCUGCGACCCUUGAUUCUGGUGCAGCGCCAGGGGUGGAAAAAGUAUCGGAACCUGGGAACCUAGUUCCCAGAAAUUUUUUUGAGUUGAGAGUUUUGCAGAAAAUUUUCCAGCAAAUAUUUCAACAUUUUGAGAUAACUCUGUUUACUCAACUUACAAGUUACAACUAUUCUACUUUAUUUACACUGUACAUGCUAACAUCAGCAGCCUUUUAAAUAUUUGACAGAAAUUAAUUCUUUUACCCACCCCUGCCAUCACAAUGAGGUAAAAUGGUAAAUACAUGCUCUGCAAAGUCUCCAAUAAAAUGCAAAUUAAAUAGUAAACAAAUAAAAGUGAUGGAAUAAAUAAGAUGAUAGGACACUUAGUUAAGCGUUAGAUCCUUCCUAGUUGGUCAUCACUUACAACUGUGGUAUAUAACAGACAUUGUGAUACAUGUACGAGCAUACAAAAACCAGCCUAUUUAAGCCUAUUAUUACUAAAGUACAAAUAAUACAAUAAUUAUGCAUUUGUUUUGUUAUUUUUGUAAUUGUAACAUAUUGCAAAUGUUACAGAAAAUUUCUAGACUUUGACCCAGGUUCCCAGAAAGAAAAAAAAUUUUCCCACAGUGCUAUAACCAACUGAUCUACAGACUGAGGUCAGUUGUCAAGCUCUAACCACAAGUUUAUGUACUUAAUUGUGGUUAGAGCUUGGUACAGGCGGACGUAUAGUUGUAUUUUUCUAAAUUUGAAAUUCCAUUGCCCAAUUUAGACCAUGUAUUAAGCAUGUAAAAAUAAAAAGAAUCAAAUAGUUCCCCAGGGCUCAAAACAGAAAAAUUGUAGCCUGAUAAACUAUUUUUGUUUGCCAAAAUGGUUCUAGUCAUCUAUGGGAGAAAUGAAUGUUAAUUAAUUUGCUCCAUGUAUUUCAAUCAAGUAUUCAGGGCUAACAAGAGGUAUUCAUAAUAGCAACCUAAAUUUGCCCCCCUGAUGUGGAGACCUUACCCUAUUAGAUCAGUGCUCCCAACCACACACCUAAUCAUUUCAUAGAGUGUCCAUCACUGUUCCCCUGCCCCUCAGCUUUCUUAACUUGUGCCUUAAGUUAACAUAUUCCCAGGGCCGUAGCUAGGCCGAUAACUUGGGGGGGAGGUGUAUAUUCAUAUAUUUGUGUUCUGCCCGACAGAUUUCUUUUGAAAGCGAUUGUUUUUACGGUAUGUGAACAUGAAUAUAUGGAUAUACACCCCCCCCCCCUGCAUCUAUACCUACAGCCCUGCAUAUUCCCAUAAUAAUAAUCUAUUUCAACCCAAGAUUUUGAUGCGGCUGGUAAACUUCCUGCUGGUUUUUCCCGUGGUCACACAGUGUGGUUGGGUUCAUUCGACACCUGUCAAGAUAUACCAGAUGCUCAUUACUGUUUGUUAAAUUUCAAAAUUAAAAUUAAUAUUCUGCCACAAGUUAUAAAUAAGGUAUCCAGAAAUAUUAUUCCUAGCAAUUAUUGAAUUACUCUAUAUUAGUCAAUUAUAAUCCAUGAAAGAUUGUGCUGUGAUUAUAAUUCAGAAAUAGGCCAUUUUAAUGGUUGAAUGCCCACAGACAGCAGCGUGAGAAUCAGAGGCUUCAUGCUAAAUGUAACAUUUCUAUUCUAUUAGCAAAUUAGAACUGAGCCUCAACUUGGUAUAACUGUUCUUGACAAAUAAAGUGUAAUUUGGUAAUGGUUUAUUCCAAGAAGGUUGUAAAAAACAUGAAUGAAUAGCUGGUGACCAUUUCCAGGGUGUUAGCUGGCUAGCCCAUAUUAACUGUCCGUUUGACGGACUCUUCCCAAUUGAAGGGGCUUUCCAUUUUUUUCUAUAUCAAAGAACAUUUUAUUACUUUUUCCCAUUAACUAUUUUCUCAAAAUGUAUCGUGUUUCAUUCAUAUUGGGUGUGUAUUCACUGAAAUGAAAUGUACAAAACAAAGUGUAAUCAGUGUGCAUCCGUGUUCAUUCACUGGAAAUGAAAUAUACAAAAUGAAUCGGGUGCAUUUUUCAGUGUUCAUUCACCGGAAAUGAAAUGUACAAAACCAAGCUACCGUUGUUUGCAUCUAAGAAGAAACACGUUGGAAAAAACACUAUUUAUUCCUACACAAGGACUUUGAUCGAUCACUUUCCCAAUUUACGUUUAACGGACAAAACUUUUUUCUGGCGAACACCCUGAUAUCAUAUGAUGAACGUAGUAGAAUAUCAUCAGUGGCAUAAUGCUCAUUGGGUAGGGUAUCUCCCAGAAAAUUAGAAACCGUAAAACAUGCAGGUUAAAUUAAGAAUCAGUGGGAAAAUUCAAAAUUGAUAACACUAAAUAAUAAAGCCUCCAUUGACAACAGUACAGCUGUUUUUUUAUCGCCAUGCAAACUUACAGUACAAAGAACUUAUUCUUAUUAGUUGUCACAUGUUGGAGACUGUUAUUGUUGCACAGAAUUUUCAAAGACAUUCUAUAAAAUAAAUAAUAAAAUAUUCACUGAUAUUAAUAAUAUUUCAGUUAAUUAAACAAUAACAACAGUCAACAGGGGCCCCACACCAAAUGUGUAGGGGCCCCCACUUCCUUCAUUACGCCACUGAAUCUCACAUUUAUGCAGGGUUCCCAAUAAACAUCCGCAUCUGGCAAUAUUCGCAGCUGUAGCAAUAUUAAAUAAUUGCCAGCUAUUUCUCCAGAUUUAUUAAAACAAAAUAUUUCCUCCUUACGAAAGAAAUGUCAAGAUAAAGACCCUUUAUAACAUAAAUUAUUUGGAUGACAAAAUUACUACUCUCCAAAAAUGCCAUUUCAGAUGGUCCAAAUUUCAAAAUCUUCAUGGAGAGACGCCUUCAGACCUCUCUUGGUGAGGUAUCUUCAACAGGACAUAGUCGCCUACUUCUUUCAAAAAGCCAUGCACCCACUGCAAAUUCUGUUGGGGACCCUGUCAUGAUGUCUAAUUUACCCUGAUAGUGAGUGGAGAGGUUAGCACCAUUUCGUUUUUGAUAUCCAUUCGAUCAAUAGUUGUUUUAUUGUUUACUUUUUAGUCAAUUCCAUUGAAACUUGCUUUGUGUGUACCAUCUGUGUGUGGACCUGUUGAUCUUGGUGAAUGGCGUGCAAGUAAUUCCACUAAAUGUGAGUUGUCAUUUCUACAGUAAUCUUGUUAAGGCCUAUUUCCAC